GAAACGACAAACCAGAGUUCAUCCAUCAUGUCUCUAUAUCGCAUAGGUGUCGAUGUAGGCGGCACAAACACCGACGCUGCCAUCCUCGACAUCACUGCAGCAGACACACCCGGUCGUGGCGUCUUGGCUUCCCACAAGGCCUCAACUACACCGGACAUCACCACUGGCAUAGAAGCUGCCCUCCGGGCUGUCAUUCGGAGCUCAAAAAUCGACCAGAAGCGAGUUCUGAGCGUAACUAUAGGCACAACGCACUUCAUCAACGCUCUUGUUGAGGCUGACACGCGGCGCCUCAGCAAGGUAGCUGUCAUACGCCUAUGUGGGCCUUUCACAAGACAAAUCCCCCCCUUUUCAGAUUUUCCCUCGGGUCUUCAUCGUAUCCUUGAUGGUGGAGUCUACUAUCUCGAUGGAGGGUUGGAAAUCGAUGGCCGUGAGAUUGCGCCGCUCGACCAUGAGCAGAUCCGACAGGCGGCGAGAAACAUUGUCGCGUCGGGGGUGCGAUCAGUUGCUCUUGUUGGGAUCUUUUCACCUCUGGAUCACUCCGGUCUGCAUGAAGAGACUUGUAAAAGAAUCAUGCUAGAGGAAGUGCCCGGUCUUGAUGUGGUUUGCUCCCACGACAUAGGCCCGCCUGGCCUCUUGGAGCGAGAGAACGCUACGAUCCUCAAUGCUGCGAUUCUCAGAACAGCACACAAGGUCACCGUGGGCUUCAAAAUCGCCAUGGCGCGAUUGAAGCUUGCGUGUCCGCUCUAUUUGUCUCAGAACGAUGGCACUCUCAUCGAUGCUGAUACGGCAGCUGAGUUUCCCAUUAAAACCUUUGCCAGCGGACCGACAAAUAGCAUGACUGGUGCAGCUUUCCUUGCCGGAUUGGAUCAAGCGAAGAAGACGACUACAGAUGCCACCAACGCACCGGAGCCUCAAGUGCUCGUCGUUGACAUUGGCGGCACUACUACAGAUGUAUGCGCCUUGCUGCCGUCUGGCUUCCCUCGACAAGCUCCGGGCUUCGUGGAAGUCGGGGGCGUGAGAACAGCAUUCUCAAUGCCCGAGGUCGUCUCAAUCGGGCUCGGAGGCGGCAGCAAGGUGAAUACGAACUCCGACUUUGGAGGUGUCACGGUUGGCCCAGGGUCAGUCGGACACUUUCUCACUGAGCAAGCAAGAAUUUUUGGUGGCCCGAUACUAACAGCAACCGAUGUUGUGGUGGCUUAUGGGAAAGCGGAGCUGGGAGACGCGAGCCUCAUCAAAGAUAUCCCAAGCUCAACCAUCAACGAGGCGCGGCAGAGGAUCAAGAAGAUGCUGGAAGGUGUUAUCGAGCAGAUGAAAGUCUCCGCUGCUCCUGUACACGUCCUUCUGGUAGGAGGCGGUGCCCUCCUUGUCACAGACGACCUUGACGGGGUCGAGAAGUAUAUUCAGCCCAUACACCAAGGCGCUGCCAAUGCCGUUGGCGCUGCUAUUGGCAAGGUUUCUGGCGAAGUCGACAUCAUCGAGAUCCUCGAGGGUAGAGACGAAAAAGCAGUUGUUGCAGCGACGUGCCAAAAGGCUGUUGAUCUAGCCAUCCAAAAGGGCGCAGCUGCUGAAGACGUCCGGGUUGUCGAGGUGAAUAAGAUGCCGCUUCAAUACGUCGAUAACGGCGCCAUGAGGAUACAGGUCAGAGCUGUCGGCAAAUUGAGCGUUCCUGAGGAUCCCAACUUCGCGUCCGAGAGUAUAGCCCCAAUCGAAGAAGAGGAACAGGGCACCGAGGCGCCAAAAGAGAGUGUGCCAAAUGCUCUCGAGCCUACCACAAAGCCCUCGUUGCGGGUAGACCUCGAGACCUACCGACCUGAUGUCCGAGGAGAUGCUUGGUAUGUCUCAGAGGUAGAUCUGGAGCUCAUUGCAACGGGUUGUGGUGUGCUAGGUACUGGUGGCGGAGGACCAACCCACCACGAAUACCUCAAGAGCCUGCAUGUCCUGCGCAACAGCGAGACAGGCAAGAUGAGGAUCAUAUCACCGUCGUCCCUAGCCGACACAGACACCGUCUGCUUCGGAUCCUGGUAUGGCACCCCAAGUGUCAUCAACGAAAGAAUUGCCGGCGGCUCUGAGAUCCCCAACGGUAUCGACGCAGUGAGAAAGAUCUUGGGGGAUGUACCUGUUCAUGGCGUUUUCAUCGAUGAGAUUGGCGGGGGUAAUGGCUUAAGUGUUUUUCCAACUGGAGUACACUACGACAUACCGGUUGUCGAUGGCGACGCGAUGGGAAGAGCAUACCCAACCAUGUAUCAAGCCACGCUGAGCGUUUACGGUCACCCGUUAACCCCUUGUGCUCUCUCCGACGCAAGGGGCAACGUGUCCGUUGUCAUGUUUCACCUACAGAAUUCCGAUACACCCGUUCGCCUGGAGCGAUUCCUACGCACGGCAGCCAUUGAGCUGGGACUUGGGUGUGCCGUCUGCGCCAGGCCGCUUCCCGGCUCGGCUAUCAAGUCCCACGGCGUCCCCAACACCCUGUCGCAAGCCUGGUAUCUGGGCCGUGCUGUUCAUAUGGCACGGAGGAAGACGUCUAGCUACGUCGAUGCUAUUUUCGAGGUAUGCGCUGGAAGGUUACUGUUUACGGGCAAGAUCAUCGAUGUACGACGAUAUGUGGGCGGUGGUUACACGAUGGGCAGUGUCCUCAUCGCCCCCCUUGCCGAUGAAGAGAAAGAUCCCGACACACACAGCGCCGCGCUUCCAGACCGGCAUAUGAUCAUUCCGUUUCAGAACGAGUACCUAUACGCGGCACUCACAGAUGCAGACGGUUCAGAAGGCGGCCAGCAAGAGGUGUUGUGUACAGUGCCGGAUCUGAUUUCGAUUCUAGGCCAAGAUGGGGAGGCCAUUGGAUCACAGGAUCUCCGCUACGGCUUGCGUGUUAAUGUUAUCGCGCUACCUGCUCAUCCUCUCUGGAAGACGGAAAAAGGGAUGCCUGUAGGCGGACCCCAAGCCUUUGGGCUGAACAUGCCAUUUGUCGGGGUUGGAGAGUAUACCGAACCCAGGAGUGUCAUUGAAGAGUACGGGAUGUAGGAUAAUGCGGCGCGUCACAUGAACAAUGUUUUUGUGGCAUGAUUUUAUAGCCGAUAAUUGACACAAAAGAAC